AUGCAUUACAUCCGCUUCCUCAAACUCCCCAAAGCAGAAGUCAAACCCGGCACCAUCCUCGUCAAAUCCAUCAUAACAAUCACCACCGACCUGGGCGAAACCUUCUACCCUACGGACCUCGACCUCAUCGCCACCCUCCGCUCAAGCUCAGACGAAGGCGAAAUCCACCUCCGCCGAAGAAUCCCCUGGCCCGCCCACGCCCGAAGCCUCCCCAUCACCUUUUACCUAAGCCGCCAACAAGACGUCGACUGGCCCGCCUGCGUCCACGUGGCCGUACAAAACCCCACCACCACUGGCACAGCCAACCCCCCGCCAGGCUUCCUCCCCGAAAUCGUAGACAUCUGGUCCGGCCUCCUAAACCCACCCCAAGGCCUCCUCGACUCCGGCCAGCGAGUCGAGCGCCGCUUCCUCUCCCUCGCCGAACGCAGCGUCUCUUUGCUCGAAGACGCGGGGGACAGCAUCGCCCGGCAUCUCUGGGACGGCAGCCAGGUCCUAGCCCAAUAUAUCGACCACACCAUCUCCGUACAAACACCGGCCAGUCCCCUCCCGCUCCUCGAACAUGUCCUCGUGUCCGCUACUUAUCGGCGUCUGCAUGUCUUGGAAUUAGGUUGUGGCUGUGGAAGUGUAGGGAUCAGUGUGGCGCAGAGUAUCCCGGACUGCGACGUUCUACUCACGGAUCUGCCCGAAGUCACAGAGCUGGUGGAAGCGAAUGUCGCCCGUAUGAAACCGGCAAUGUCGUCGCAAGUUACUUUCGCCCCUUUGGACUGGGAAGUAUCACUCCCAGAGACAUUGCAGAACAGGACCAACGACCUCAUCAUCGUCUCGGAAUGCACCUACAACACCGACACCCUCUCCCCCCUCGUCACGACCCUCGUCAACCUCCUCGCCCGCUCCCCCAAAGCCGUCAUCGUCGUGAGCACCAAGACCCGGCAUCCCUCCGAAGCCGGGUUUUUCGACAUGAUGAGGGAUGCUGGGAUAGUGGAGGCGGGUGCGGCGAGAUCACCGCUACCGGGAUUACCAGGGGAUGGGUAUGCGGAUGCGGCGAUGGAUGUGGGGUUGUAUGUUUUCUGUGGGGAGGAGAGGGGGUUAAGUAUGAGUCCCAGGGGUGGGGGUGAGAGGAAGGUAGUCGAGGGGGGGCAAGGUGGGGAGGAGGACGAGGGUGAAGUAGGGGGUUGUUCUCGGUGUCCGUUUUGA